ACGGGCCAAAACGUUAGUGGCCAGUACCGCGAGAAAGUGAGACAGCGUGGCGAUCUACUCUUCUGUCCCCGCGGUUGGAAUAUGGAUAGAAGUGUAGAUUCCAUCGGUAGUUGCUCGCUUGAUGUUGAUGCUGAUUCGACUGAUUUCUCAGAUACCUCCGGAGAGCUAAACUUCUUAACACCAAUAUCCGGCAAGGACAUUACGCGCGAAUUUACGGCCGGCAUCAAGGAGCGUUGUAUGCUACCGGUAAUUAACUGUCAGGCAGUCACGAGCGUACUAGAUCCGGUAACCGGUCACAUCAGUACCGUGCUUACGACAACCACAGCCGCCAACACGCAGCAACAACAACCUCUGCUUGGUGGUGGGGACAGUUCACCAACGGCAGCCACGAACAAGAAACCGAGCUAUCUUAACCUGGCCUGCUGCGUCAAUGGCUACUCGAACCUGACGACGUACGAUUCGAAACUCCGCCAGGACAUUAAUAAGUCGCGCGAAGUUUCACCCAGCCGUCCGAUCAUAGCGACGCUGCAUUACAACCGAACCGAUUCCGGUACCGGUGGGCAUCUGCUAACGGCGCCCACCCUUAGCUACGUUAGCAUGAACAACACCAUCAACAACAACAACAACAACAACAAUUACAGUGGUAGUGCAACAGGACUCAGUGGUGGUAAUCGAAUGCUCAAAAUGAACGGAGCGAGUGUUGUGAAUGGUGCGGGAAGGAUGCGAGGAAUCAAUGGAUCGGUCAUGUCACCCCCGGGCGGUGGUACUGAUAUGACCGAUAAUGCUGCAUCGCUUGGAAUGUUUAACGGAAAUGGCAGUUUUGUCGGUAGCAUGAGAACGAAGGUAAUUUCCUCCCAGUCACAGAUCAGCAGCCACAUGCGGGACGAAGGCCAAGCGCAGCUGAUGAAGCCGAAAAAGAGUUUUAUCCAGCAGCGCGUCGAGAAGCUGUACGGUGCGAGUGAUGUCGUGGUGCUCAACAAACAGAAUUACAGCAGCAGUGAACGGAAGUACCUCAAUAACAUUGCGAACGAAAAUAAUGGCGGAACGCCGGUGAAAAUGCUGAUGCAUCAUCACGGUCUGGCUGGACAGCAUCCGUCAUCGAUCGGGAAUGGAACAACACGAAAUGGUUCAGCGAACGUUGCGGAUAGUCUUCGGCACGUGACAAACGGCACCGCCAAUGGUACGCCGUUCGGUUCUGUGGAUGAAAACAACAAGCAAAUCAAUGGCGGUGAAGUUGGUGAGGAUGCGGAUGUGGAUUCGUUACCAGUGUUACGACAUCUGCGGCCUGAGUUUCGUGCACAGUUGCAAAUUUUUUCCCCGAAAAAAGUACCGAAACCAUCACCAAAUCGUACGGCCACCAGCGCCGCCAAUGGCAAUGUAACGCAUGCGAAUGGUAACACUGCGGAAGAGAAUGCGAAUCAACACCCGGUGUCGAAACCACGAUAUGCACCGCAAUCCAAUGGUAACAGUUACACCGAUCAAUUCGAGCAGGUAAAUGUUUCGCGGGAGGAACAAAUGCAAGACCAUCACCACAAGAAUCUAAACGGUACGGACGGUACAACGACUCAUCGAUCGGUGAUGAAAAGUGCUCAAUUUUCUUCGCAUACUACACACACCACCACCACCACUACUACUACUAUCAACAAUCAACGGCAUACUGAGCCGGAGCAGGAAGAUACGUUAAACAGCAGCAGCCGUCACCAUAGUAACGCUAGUGCACGUUCCGCAGAUCCACAGCAAACCGACGUAGUAGAGCAGCAGCGUCACGAAGAAGCGUCACAGAGCUACCGUUCUAACAGCAGUGUCUCGUCGACGGUAUCAUCGUCAUCGACGGUGAUGGUGGAGGAAAAGAUGCGCUCGCUGGUAGUGGUGUCGGCGACUAGCACCGACGAUAUCGGUGUUGGUCGAAUGUCGACUUCCGAUGGCAGUAGCGCCACCACAACCACCAACGCCGUACCUGACGAGCAGAAUGCGAUGACAGUAGUCGCCACGAGUGUGAUCGAAAGCCAGCAGCAGAACGACAGUGUCCAACCAAGCAACCACAGCAGCAGCAAUAACAACGUUAGCAACGGGCUUGAACACGUACCUGCAGCAGCAAAGGAUCAGGAACUGUUGUGCGCUCUUGAAAAAUCUGUCAGUGGAGAAAUUGUAAAUUGUGAUAGUAGUAAAAUCCAGCAGCAGCCGGCAGUGACCGUGGUGGAUACUAUGCGCACCUCGAACGGCAGCACGACGAUGGAUAGCGUAGAGCAUCUGGAGGCGGAAUGUGACAACCAAUCAAGUAAUAAGACGUCCUUAAUCGAAGCAACCACGAAUGGGACCAACAGCAGCAGCACCAGCAGCAAUAAUCAUAAUAAUGUACUCGAUGGCAACCAUUUCCUGCGGAUUCUAAAAACCGAACAGAAGCGGCUUGGAACAAUGGCUGACGAUGUGGAAAAGGAGAUCAAUCAGUUGAAGGCUGAUGGUACUGUGGUGCUCGGCGAGGACAUAAACGGAUACAUCCUGGUUGCCAUUGGCAAGGCGCGUCUGCUAUGCUCCCAGAAAAUGAAACAAUUUGAAGAUUUGUGUUACACGAACCUAAACCAAUCGCCGGACGAAAAGUUUCAAACGACUGGCGAAGAUUUGAGAGGAUUCUGGGACAUGGUGAUGCUGCAGGUAAACAACGUUGAUGCCAGCUUUGACGAAAUUGAUUCGUUCCGGAAAAACGAUUGGCGGAAACCAAUUCCUAAGAGUCCACCACCAGCCCGCAAUGGUACAGCGCCCCGCACGACCAAGCUGGUAAAGCGUCCGUACAAAACGCAGACAACCGCAUCGAACGGUGGUUCCACCGUGACGGACGGCAGCAAUGGUGUCGAAGCAAAAAAGGCAUCCGCCGCGCUGGCGGCCGCCAAACGUGAAGCGCAACGGAAGCAGUUGAUGGAAAUGAAGCGCAAGCAGAAGCUGGCCAACAGCCAACAGCAGGCGGCAGUAGAAAUCUAUGCCCCGACGAAUGAGGAACCAGCACAAAAUGGUAAUGACAACGCUGCUUCGGUGCUGAUCGCGUCUUCGGCACUGGUCGAUACGAGUUGA